AUGUUCUCUCGUUCACCCUGGGCUUGUUGCUUCGUCGCUUUGUGGAGCAUGGCUCUCUUCUACAGUCCCGUUCUCGCUGCUCCCUCCGGUCCCUCCAAGGGCUGCAACGCUCCAAGGGAGGUCACCCACACCACCGCCAGUACCUAUGACGCUUAUGCAAGCACGUCUACAUCCCUCUCGCCGACAUCGCCCGCUUCUGCGACAACAGAUCCAGCGCCACUCGAAUCAAGCCAGACCGUCAGCACCGCAGCAUCUAGGCCCACGCGAGCUGCGUCCGGCGGUGACCCUCGCUUUGUUGUCUAUACUCUUGGGGACGGCCCGGGCGAACAAGGACUUCCUGAUGCCGAUGAUAUCAAGGGCUUCAAUGUUCUUGCGCUGGCGUUCUGGGUUUAUAAGCCUUCGUAUCAAGCUCAAGUUUGGUCGAGCAUGUCUGCCUCUAAGCGCAAGGCCACAAAGCAGGCUUACAACGAUGCGGGCAUCAGCGUCAUAGUCUCUGCCUUUGGCGCGGACCCACAGCCCACCACAGAUGGCAAGGACGCGACUAGUCAAGCGAAUAAUCUGGCCCAAUUCGUGAUCGACAACGAUCUGGAUGGCGUGGAUGUUGAUUACGAAGACUUUGAUGCGUUCGAUAAUGCCGACGACAAAGGUGCCAAAGCCAUAAACUGGUUGAUCACCUUCACCCAAGUCCUGCGCGACAGGCUGCCCGCAGGACAGUACACAAUUUCUCACGCGCCGGUCGCGCCGUGGUUCUCCAAUAAUUACCACAAAGGAGGAUAUCUUUACAUCGACCAACAAGUCGGCUCACUGAUUGACUGGUACAAUAUUCAGUUCUACAAUCAGGGAGACAGGAUGUACACCGAUUGCGACGGUCUGAUCAACCAGUCUGGUUCUGAUGCUCCCAAUACAGCCGUGCUACAGAUCGCUCAGGCUGGCGUUGACAUGAACAAGAUCGUCAUCGGCAAGCUCGGCAAGGCUAGCGAUGCUGACAACGGUGGCUAUAUGAGUCCCUCUGAUAUUGCCAGUUGUGCCAAGCUGGCUCGGGAUAAGGGCUGGAAUGGUGGAGUUAUGAGCUGGGAGUACCCAAAUGCCGAUACGAAUUGGAUCACUACCGCUCGAGGAUCUACCUUCCCCAUGUAG